GCCGUGCUUUGAAUAUAAGGUUUGCCUUAGCGGAAGUUCCGCCCCUUUCAUCCCCUCUCUUGCAGACUGUCCUUCAGUCCGCAGACAAGGCAAGAUGCCGCGAAAAAUUGAAGAAAUCAAAGAUUUCCUGCUGACGGCCAGGAGGAAGGAUGCCAAGUCCGUCAAGAUCAAGAAGAACAAGGACAAUGUCAAAUUCAAGGUGCGCUGCAGCAGGUACCUGUACACCCUGGUCAUCACCGACAAGGAGAAGGCUGAGAAGCUCAAACAGUCCCUGCCACCAGGUCUGGCUGUGAAGGAGCUGAAGUAAGCCCAACGCUGUGUACAGAAAAUUGUAAUAAAAAUGGGAAAACUCGU